AUGCUUUCUGCAUUUCAUUUUCGCAAUCAUAUGGCCCUUUACGUAGUAGCCUGCACAGGAUAUUUCUUCCCCAUGAAUCCAACUCUUUUCCAUACCGUUGACUACAGAGGCGCCACAGUCGAAGACUUGGACAUCCGGCCUGCCAUUUCGAUUAACCCAGGUACAUCUAUAGAUCGUGCUAUCCAUGUGGCGUUUGAAAACGAGUUCUCGUUCUUGCCUGUAAUCCACGAAGCACACAAAACGCUCUUGGGCGUUUUGAAUGUUGAAGAAGCGAAAAGAGCCCCACCAAAGGACAUUACGAAAAACCAUAUGCUCUGGUUUAGUCAGCGUGCUCGCUCCAACUAUGAAAAGGAGUCAAAGACGCACGAGAAGACACCAGUGAACUCUAAAAUCUUCAGACCAAGCAGUCGCAAGUACCAUGUGUUGACACCACUUACGCUGUUGGAGGAGUUAGCUGCAUUCUUCAACGACGGUAAUUACUUUGCAAUUAUUACUAAUGGUGAUGGAAAUUUGGUGUACGGUGUGGUCACACCGGAGGAUUUACUCAAAUAUGAACACUCGCGGCCACGCUUGUAA